AAAGGGUGAAAGAUUGGGCUUGGGAUCUCCAUUCUCCCAUUCAUGCUAGGAAACUGGAGGCCUCUGAGUGUCUGCAAAACACCCAUUUCACUGUAACCGGUCAUGAGCAAGGACCUAGAGGACAUGGAACAAUGAUGUCGGGAUCCCUGUGAGGUCCCACGAUGGCCAUGUCCUCCUUCUCUGUGUCUGUCCUCCUGGAGCAUGAACACAGCCACCCAGUGUUUAAGGAUUUCCAAAUGUCAGGACUGAGAAGAGCAACUGUGACCUCUGUCCACCAUCACAGGAGCUCCAGGCUGAAGGUAGGUUGUCAACAGAGCCAGACUGAGAGCCACUCCUGAGGUGGAAUCCAGAGCUGUCGCCUUUGGUAAUAUUUUGAUAGAUAAAACCAUGAACCCUGUGUCUUUUGAAAUGCCCUGCCGAGUCUGCUGCCAUUCUCUGAACUUGGAAACUGGCUCAACUGACCUUUGCCCCUGGGGCAGAGAUCUGUCCCAUGGUCCCAAUCCAGGUCUUCACAGGGAGAGACGAUCUGAGGUGGACAGUUUCACCUCCUGCUGCACACCUGUCAGGGCCUAGGAGACCCCAACCCGCCCAGGCACACCAUGGCGGAAGAGACAGGUCAGGACAUAGAGGCGUGGAGGCAAGUAUUCCAGAUGUUAAUUCAGGAGGUGAAACCAUGGCACAAAUGGACCCUCACACCAGACAAGGGCCUCCUUCCCAACGUCCUGCAGCCGGGCUGGAUGCAAUACCAGCUGUGGACCUUCGCCAGGUUCUGGUGUUCCUCCUGCUCCCGCAGUUGGGCCUCUGCCCACGUCCAGGUCCUUUUCCACAUGCACUGGAGUGAGGGGAAGUCCAGGGGCCAGGUGAAGAUGAGGGUCUUUGCCCAGAGAUGUAAGAAGUGCUCCCAGCCUCCAUUUGAGGUUCCUGAGUUCACACAGGAGAACAUCACAAGGGUCCUGAACAACCUGGUGAUCCAAAUCCUGAAGAAAUGCUACAGAGAAGGAUUUAAGUUGGUCAAGGAGAUUCCUGCUAUCAAGAAGAUCUGUCUUCAAGGGCCACAUGAUAGUAAAAACUGUGAGGCCUGUCUGCUGGGCUUUUGUGCUCAGAGUGGGUUAGAUCUGGCCAAGCAGUCGUCAGUGCCCACACCCUCCAAGGACACUGGGGAACGCAGGCUCACUGCUACUUGGACCAGUCAACCCUGCUCAAAACCAACCUCCAAAGUGGAUAAGCUCCUUAUAUCAACAGUGAGUUCUGAAGUCCCUAACCCUCCCAGGACUGAUCCCAAGGUCAAACACAGCUCAAAACCAUCAACUGCUCCAAGAUUUCUAACCCAACAGGUACCACCCAUGUCAACAAUGAGCCCCAGAGUCCCUAACCCUCCCAAGGCUGACCCCAAGGUCAGACACAGCUCAGAAUCAUCAACUGCUCCAAGAUUUCUAACCCAACAGGUACCACCCACGUCAACAAUGAGCCCCAGAGUCCCAAACCCUCCCAAGGCUGACCCCAAGGUCAGACACAGCUCAGAAUCAUCAACUGCUCCAAGAUUUCUAACCCAACAGGUACCACCCAUGUCAACAGUGAGCCCCAGAGUCCCUAACCCUCCCAAGGCUGACCCCAAGGUCAGACACAGCUCAGAACCAUCAACUGCUCCAAGAUUUCUAACCCAACAGGUGCCACCCAUGUCAACAGUGAGCCCCAGAGUCCCUAACCCUCCCAAGGCUGACCCCAAGGUCAGACACAGCUCAGAACCAUCAACUGCUCCAAGAUUUCUAACCCAACAGGUGCCACCCAUGUCAACAGUGAGCCCCAGAGUCCCUAACCCUCCCAAGGCUGACCCCAAGGUCAGACACAGCUCAGAACCAUCAACUGCUCCAAGUAUUCCAAUCCAAUGGGUGCCCACAAUAAGCUCACUUGCCCCUGGGCUGGCCACUCAAAUGCCUUCUCCCACAAAGAGCAGCACAGCAGCAGAUGCAGCAAACAGGGUCACCAGACCAAAGACAGGAAAGACAUUGCCCUCCUCCCUCUUGCUUGAUGGGGCUACAAGGACAGCAAGCCUCCCCACUUCCCGGAGCCCAGCAACAGACGCCAUUUGUCAGGUGGAGAGGAGAGUCCAGAUCUACCCCUCAAGUGAGCGGUUCUAUUUCUGCCCGUUCCAGAAUCGCACACCAGAGUGCUUGAGCACUUGCUGCUGUUGUCUCCUUCUGAUCAUUGUUGUCAUUGUCACGGUGAUUAUGGUAAAGCUUCCCAUAUGAGCCUCAAAAACAUGACACUAAGUGAAAAAAAUAUUAAAACCUGGACAGAAAAAGUCACAUAUUCUAUGAUCCCACUGAUAUGAAAUGUCCAGAAAAUCUACAGACAGGAAGCAGAUGGGUGUCUACCGAGGCCUGCAGGAAGGAGGAAACCGGAAGCAAGUUCUAAAUCCAUAUGGGGGUUUGUUUGAGCAGGAGUGAUGAAUCUGUGUUGGAAUGAGGUGGAGCUGGGGGUUGCACAACAGUACCAAUGCACUAAAAGCCAUUGAAUUGUUCACUUCAAAAAGGUUAAUUUUGGGCUGGGAAUAUAGCUCAGUUGGUAGAGUGUGUGCCUCACAUGCACAAGGCCCUGGGUUCCAUUCCCGACACCACAAAAAAUAAAAAAAGGUUA